AUGGCUGCCAAACCGGGGCCAGAGGGGGCCCUGGACCUGCAGUUUCAGAUCCAGGUGGAGCAGGUGAGGGCCGCUAUCCUGCGUCGCUACGGCAUCCGCCUGGAGACGCGGCGCCGGCGCUUCAGGGAGUUCCGCUACCAGGAGGCCGACGGUCCCCGGGCGGCUCUCAGCUGCCUCCAGGAGCUCUGCCAUCGCUGGCUGGAGCCGCACAGCCUCCCCAAGGAGCAGAUCCUGGAGCUGCUGAUCCUGGAGCAAUUCCUGACCAUCCUGCCGGAGGAAAUGCAGAGAUGGGUCUGGGAGCGUGGCCCUGAGACCUGUGCCCAGGCGGUGGCCCUGGCAGAGGGGUUCCAGCUGGGGCAGCCAGAGGCCGAUUGGCUGGGGCUACAGGUGCCGGUGCAGUUCGAGGACGUGGCUGUGACUCUGACGGAGGCCGAGUGGGAGCUGUUGGAUGAGGAGAAGAAGCAGCUGUACCGGGACACCAUGUACGAGAAUUACCGGAGCGUCAGCGCGCUAGGUUUUCCAGUGCACAAACCCGCCCUGAUCUCUCAGCUGGAGCGCGGGGAGGUGCCGUGCGUCCCAGAUCCCCCAGCCCCGGCGGAGCACAAGCGCCAAAGGGACAUCCCAGCAGGCGCCAGGAGGGUGCAGCACACUGAGGAGCUGGCUGUGCUGCGUCGCAGGGAGGCGGAAGGGCCCGUCGAAGCGACUGCAUUGCCAAGGGUCUUCCCAAGAUUGCCCAAGAGGAGAGCACCACAGAGCCCAGGUCGGAAGAGAAAGAAACCCUUUCUGGGGGCUGACGUGCUAGCAGCUCUCUCCUGGGGUGGGAAACAGCAGCUCCCCACCUGUUCUGUGCGCAGGGACGAGCCGCCCCCUGCCCUCCGAAGGGACGAGAGACCUAAAAGAAAAAUUGCAAGAAAUGAGUCUGGAUAUUUUAACAUUGAUGACUGA